GGCGUGAAAACGGGGUCCGGUAGCCCGUUCUUUGUUUUCAUACCAAUUACUUGUUCUUCAUUUUUUAGUAAACUAAUUUUGUGGUGGUUUAUAUUAGAUUUUCAUUAUUUGUUAAUAUCUCCCGCGCGAAAAGCAUCAGAAGAAUAAACAGAAAUAGCUUCUCCUAAUAGACAGCAUUGGGCAGGAUGUCCGUGUGAAUGUAAGCACUAAACCAAAGGAUACUUUCCCUAUCUCAACUGGAAGAGGCGGAUACUUUGUGUGUUAUAUCUCUGCUCGCCGCCAUCUUUGAUCUUCCCACCAGCUCUUUAUUGGUUUGUUUGGACUGCACAAGAUGGCGGCUCCCAUGGACUCCAUCAACUUUGCUUCUCCUGGGCGACUCUAAAGAAAAAUAAUAACCAGAAAAUUGAAAACAGUCCCCUAGAGAGAAGGCUUGUUAGAGGUUAUACUGCUUCAGAAACGCAGUAGUAUUAUUGGUUAGGUGGUGCAGACAGGAACGAGAUUUGAUUCCCCGGCCGCCGUCAUAAAAUGGCGGCUCCCAUGGACUCCUCAGCGCCUCAGUGAUAACCGGCCAGGAGUAGGCCUCAAACAUCACAGACACCGGACUAAAUUAUUUUAUUUAUUCGUUUUUAUAUGCAUUCUCCUCGCUCUAAUUCAACACACACGGAGCUUUGUGUAGUUUUUAUAUAAAUCGCACUGGCGACUUUUUUCUGACUGUUGCAUCUCCUGAGAAAAUAUUUUCUACUAUGGCCUCUUCAGCAGUUUCGGGAUCUGCCGCCCUUCAGCCUCGUUGGAAAAGGGUUGUAGGCUGGUCUGGGCCGGUUCCUAGACCCCGUCACGGACACCGUGCAGUGGCUAUCAAAGAAUUAAUCGUAGUUUUCGGUGGAGGGAACGAGGGGAUCGUGGACGAGCUUCAUGUUUAUAACACUGAUACCCUUACUUGGAAUAAACCAAGUUUAAAUGGUGUUGCUCCUCUCCCUAGAAGUCUUCACUCUGCGACUACCAUAAGCAAUAAGAUGUAUGUUUUUGGUGGCUGGGUUCCUCUUGUUAUGGAUGAUGUGAAAGUAGCCACCCACGAGAAAGAAUGGAAAUGCACCAACACUCUGGCUUGUCUCAACUUAGACUCCAUGGCCUGGGAACAUAUUGUUAUGGAUACUCUGGAGGACAACAUUCCAAGAGCUCGUGCUGGCCACUGUGCUGUGGCGAUCAAUACGCGUCUUUACAUAUGGAGUGGUCGUGAUGGCUACCGAAAAGCCUGGAACAACCAGGUUUGCUGCAAAGACCUGUGGUACCUUGAAACCGAGAAACCACCUGCACCUGCUCGUGUCCAGCUAGUAAGAGCAAACACAAACUCCUUGGAAGUCAGUUGGGGUGCAGUAUCAACAGCAGACAGUUAUUUACUACAGCUCCAAAAAUAUGACAUCCCAGCUGCUGCAGCAGCAAUGUCGCCUGCCAAUCCAGUUCCGUCUGUGCCUGUGAAUCCACCCAGGAGUCCUGCACCAGCAACAGCAGCCCCAUCAGUACAGCCAGUGACACAUACCGGUAUCACACUCCUGCCACAAGCUGCUUCUGUGCCCCAAACAACAGCCACAAUCCAGGUUUUGCCUACCAUGCCAGGAAGUCCAAUAGCAGUGUCUGCUGCUCCUCGUACACAGGUUGUCCCAGCUGUUUUGAAAGUUGGAGGUCCUCAGUCCACAGUUACCAACCCUUUAGUAACUGUUCGACCGGCCACUCAGAUUGGGAAAGGUCCAAUGACUGUAACCUCACUUCCUCCUGGAGUUCGAAUGGUGGUGCCCGCCCAGAAUACUCAAGGAACUGCCAUUGGAAGCAGUCCUCAGAUGAGUGGCAUGGCAGCUCUUGCAGCGGCUGCUGCGGCUACGCAGAAAAUUCCUCCUUCCUCUGCUCCAACCAUGCUCAGUGUUCCUGCAGGUGCCACCAUGGUAAAAUCUGUCACAAUGUCCUCUGGGGGCACCACCUUGCCUACCAACGUGAAAGUGGCGUCUUCACCAAUCAUGGUCAGUAAUCCAGCCACCCGUAUGCUUAAAACAGCUGCAGCACAAGUGGGCACAUCUGUCUCUUCUGGUACUAAUACCCAGACGCGUCCUAUCAUCACAGUGCACAAAUCUGGUACUGUGACCGUGGCUCAGCAAGCCCAGGUUGUAACUACUAUGGUUGGAGGAGUAACAAAGACCAUCACUUUGGUUAAAAGUCCGAUUUCUGUUCCUGGAGGAAGUGCUUUGAUUUCAAAUUUGGGUAAAAUGAUGUCUGUUGUGCAAACCAAACCUGUCCAGACAUCUGCAAUUACAGGACAGGCAUCAUCUGGGCCUUUAACACAGAUCAUUCAGACCAAAGGACCUCUUCCUGCUGGAACAAUAUUGAAAUUAGUAACCUCAGCUGAUGGUAAACCCACAACUAUUAUCACCACCUCACAAGCUGGAGGCACAGGCACAAAACCAACAAUCUUGGGUAUUAGCAGUGUGUCUCCAAAUACAACCAAACCUGGAACUACCACGAUCAUUAAAACAAUCCCAAUGUCCGCUAUAAUCACACAGGCAGGGGCUACAGGUGUGACAAACACUGCUGGAAUGAAGUCUCCCAUUACUAUUCUAACAACCAAGAUGGUAACAUCUGGCACAGGAACUCCAGCUAAAAUAAUAACUGCUAUGCCAAAACUCACAACCAGCCAUGGACAGCAGGGGUUAACUCAGGUUGUGUUAAAGGGAGCACCUGGUCAGCCUGGCACUUUUCUUCGAACUGUGCCUAUGGGAGGUGUUAGGCUUGUCACACCUGUCACUGUAUCAUCAGUUAAACCUACAGUCACGACUCUUGUGGUGAAAGGGACCACAGGAGUCACAACUCUCGGCACAGUUACAGGCACUGUUUCAACAAGCCUGGCUGGUGGUGGAGUUCACAACACUGCUUCUCUUGCAACUCCAAUUAACACUCUGGGUACUAUUGCCACUCUGUCCAGUCAAGUAAUUAAUCCUGGAACCAUCACAAUGUCUGCACCUCAGACUUCCCUUACUGCAGCGUCUGGCUUGUCUACACAAAACAUCACCAUGCAGCCAAUUUCACAGCCAACCCAAGUAACUUUAUUUACCACACCUAGUGGAGUUGAAGCUCAGCCAGUUCAUGAUCUUCCAGUGUCUAUUUUAGCAUCACCAACCACUGACCAGCCAACAACCCAUGUAACAAUUGCAGACUCUGGUCAUGGUGACCAACCUCCUGGUACUGUCACUCUAGUAUGCUCUAACCCUCCCUGUGAGACGCAUGAGACAGGAACAACAAAUACUGCCACCACCACUCUUGUUAACCUUAGCAGCAUUGUACAACAACCUGGUGGAACAUUACAAUUUGUAUGUGAAGGUCAAGAGUCUGGAACACUUGUAGCAACAGCUUUGGGGCAAGCAAAUGGAAGUGUAGUAAGAGUGUGUUCUAAUCCUCCAUGUGAAACACAUGAGACUGGAACUACACAAACGGCGACAACAGCUACAGCCAAUAUAGGACAGAUAGGGAGUGUGACAAGGGUUUGCUCCAACCCUCCUUGUGAGACCCAUGAAACUGGAACCACUCACACAGCAACAACUGCAUUGUCAGCCAUUGGCAGUGGACAGACUGAAAAUUUAAGAACUUGUUCUAAUCCACCAUGUGAAACUCAUGAAACUGGCACAACACAAACACCUACAACUGCAAGAUCAAGUCUCAACAAAGAACAGCAAGACAACUCACUAAGGACACCUAUCCAAACGUGUGAGACCCUACAGACAACAUCUACACAUACUAGAAUGACUGUGCCAUCCACCUUUAGCAGUGGACAGAUUGAAAACCUACAGGUGUGUGUGGAUCUUCCAUGUGAGAUACCUGAAACUGAUAACACUGCCACAAAUAUUACAGCUAACAUGGGAGCCAGCAAUUCAGGGCAUAGACUCCGUUUAUGUUCUAACCCACCAUCUGAGACACAUGAAACUGGUACUACUCAUACAGCAACCACAGCAAGAUCGAACAUUGGCACUGGGCCAUCAGAGAAUUUACAAAGGAUACCAGAGAAUUCCCCAUGUGAGACUCAUCAGACAAUUUCCACAAAAACCACAAUGUCUGUUUCUUCUGAUUUUGGUUCUGGCACUUCUAACCUUGAGGUUGAAAACACAGCUUCCUCAUCAGUUAGUGCUGCUGAAAGUAUAGCUGCUGACUCUUCACAUGUUAAGGUGACACCAGUUUUUUCUAAUCUCCCAACUGGCACUACCCAGACAGCAACCACAGCCAAAUCUAACAUUCAUUCUGGGCCAUCAGAGAACAAACAGAGGUCACCUAAUGACUCUUCAUGUGAGACCCACCAGACUCUCUCUACAUUCACCACAAGCAGCAUAUCUGAAGAUUGCAAAACAGAACCAUCAAACGAUGAAACUAAUACAGCUGUGGGAGUAAAUAUAACUGAACAUCCAGUAUGUUCCAAUCCACCAUGUGAAACACAUGAGACUGGAACCACCAACACCCAAACCACAGCCACAUCGAACAUUGUAACAGAGCCUGCUGAAAAUGUACAGAGGAUCACUAGUGACUCAUCAGUUGAGAAGCAGCAGACAAGCUCUGAGGGAACUAUUACAGUGUCUGCAAAUAUUACACACAACACUCUUGAACAACGUGUAUGCACAAAUCCCCCAUGUGAGACUCAUGAAACAAACACAACUAACACUGCAACCACAUCUUCAUCUAACAUGGGAGCCAACCAACCCACUGCUCCCUUAUCACAGCAAGUCUGCUCCAACCCACCAUGUGAGACACAUGAAACUGGAACAACACACACAGCUACCACAGUCACAUCCAGCAUGGGAGUAAACCAAGAUCAGACCCAGGCUGGUAAUGCACAAGAACAAGAAACUACAAGUGCUGAAUCUGUACCAAGCAGUAACAUCAAUCCUGCGCCUUCCACUUCUCCAGUAACUAUAAUGGUGGUAACUACAGGAUCCUCCCCUGUACAUUCAGCUGCGUCCACAACUCCCAUAAGAGCAGUAACAACUGUAACACAAUCCACACCUCUUCCUGGGCCAUCUGUGCCGAAUAUUUCUUCUAUGACUGAUCCAGUAUCUGAAGAGGGUGUGAUGCAAGGAUCAGAUGCUGACUCUUCUUGCACGGCACAGCCAGAAGCACAGCUGUCUACAGAUAUCCUUCAGCCUCCAGAGGCAGGUCAUCCUGAGUCAGAGUCGCAGCAGCAGCACGCUAUAGAAAGCGCAGAUAUGCAUACUGCCAUGGAAGCAGAACCCAGCCAGGAUCCUUCAGUACCUGCAGAACAAGGAGUGGCACACCUCUCUCUUCCUCAAGAUCUUAUGGCAGAAGGCCAAACAACCACACUGAUGGUGACAGGGUUGACUCCUGAAGAGCUAGCUGUAACUGCUGCAGCAGAAGCAGCUGCACAAGCAGCCGCUACAGAGGAAGCUCAGGCCUUGGCAAUUCAAGCAGUGUUGCAGGCAGCCCAGCAGGCGGUGAUGGCGGCUGGGGAAUCGAUGGACACCUCUGAUGUGGCUCAUGCUGAGCUACGUCACUUGACUUCGGAGGGACCCACUACAACCAUUCCCAUUGUACUAACCCAGCAGGAGUUGGCAGCCCUGGUGCAUCAGCAGCAACAGUUGCAGGAAGCUCAGCAACAGCAGCUACAACAGCAGCAACAGCAGUUACAGCAGCAGCAUCUGCAGCAACAGCAGCAGUUACAGCAACAGCAGCUACAGCAAUUACAACAGCUGCAGCAGCAACUACACCAUGUGCCUACCGAAGCAUUAGCGCCUGCUGAUAGCCUUAAUGACCCUGCUAGUGAGACUAAUGGACUAAAUGAACUAACUAGUGCGGUUACUAGUGCAGUGGCAUUACUUCCGUCUACUGCAACAGAAAGUUUGGCGCCAACCACCACUUUUACAGCACCGCAACCAAUGGUGAUUGCAAGUCCUGCCAAGUUACAGGCUGCAACAGCCCUUGCAGAAGUAGCAAAUGGAAUUGAGUCGAAGCAGGAUACCUCUCCACAGCAACCCAAAACUCCAAUAAAGAAAGAGAACCAAUGGUUUGAUGUUGGAGUAAUAAAAACUACCAAUAUGAUGGUGACCCAUUAUUACUUGCCUGCAGGCGACUCGAACAAUGAUGAUGAUUCCGGUACCCUGCCAGAUUAUAGUCAGCUGAAGAAACAGGAACUGCAGCCUGGGACAGCUUACAAAUUUCGUGUUGCUGGAAUAAAUGCUUGUGGUCGUGGACCCUUCAGCGAAAUAUCUGCCUUUAAGACCUGUCUGCCUGGUUUCCCAGGUGCUCCGUGUGCCAUAAAGAUAAGCAAGAGUCCUGAUGGUGCUCAUCUCACUUGGGAGCCUCCUUCAGUUACCUCAGGCAAGAUUAUAGAGUACUCUGUGUACCUGGCAAUCCAGAGCAGCCAGAGUGUUGAACAGAAAUCCACAACACCAGCUCAACUGGCUUUCAUGCGUGUUUACUGUGGUCCUAACCCUUCCUGCUUAGUCCAGUCCUCCAGCCUUUCCAAUGCACACAUAGAUUAUACAACAAAGCCUGCUAUCAUAUUUCGUAUUGCUGCUCGCAACGAGAAGGGCUAUGGACCUGCCACCCAAGUUAGGUGGUUGCAAGAAUCCAGUAAAGAUGGGUCAGCGGGGAAGCCAGUAAAUAAACGUCCCGUAUCAUCCCCUGAAACGAAAACUGCUCCAAAGAAAGCAAAAUCGGAACACCCCUGAUGUUUACUACGUCUGCCCUGCCUAGAUAAAGACCUUCUUAUAGCUCUUUGCUGUUCCUGAAAUGCAGAGUCAACACCUGUUUUUGUUUUGUGCAUUUUCAUUUUUUCCUCCCCUUUGCUUCCUUCAGCUCCAUUAUUUUUUUAUUUUUUUGAGAAAUAACUUGGGAAAAGCACAUUUUACCCUUCUUGGUGAGAGGAGGGAUGAACUUAGGACAAUCCCAUAGUAGUUUCUCUUAUAUAUAUUUUUUUUUUCCCCUGCAAGAGAAAUGGAAAGUUCAACAAUCAUUUUUAAAAAAUAAAUCCAGGUGCACACAUGCUAGGAAUGAACAGUUUACUAUAGACAAGCAAAGCCCAACACGUUUGUUAAUGCUUCAAGGAUUUAUUUUUUUAUUUUAUCCUUGUUCUUAUGCUUUGCCUAUUUUUUUCUUUUGUAAAAAAGUGGGGGGGAUGUGCUUGGGAAAAUAGUUUACUUUGGCAACAAAAGCACUUGGACUUUGUAUCCCAGCAACCCGUGGUUGUUGACAGGUGUAAAGGUUUUAAAGACACAAGCAGGAAACAGAAAUGGGGUGCCUGCACAUGAACAGUGCUUUGGCAAUUCCUUCUUACACACCUUUUUAAAUGUUAAUCCCUUGGACAGAACAGAGCCGGGCUUAGUGAAGAGGAGCGAUUGCCACAUAUCUGCACGAUUCCUGGGCCCGUUGAUAAUGGUGCCGAAGUGUUUGUCGACUCAUCAAGCAUGAUAGACUUAUUGUCAUUGCAAAGAAGAGUUUGGGUAUCCACGUGCAUAUUCUUUUCUCUGCUUCCUUUGUUUUGAAAUGCAGGGUUUAUUUGAAGAGCAUAAAAACCAUUAACGCACGUUGAAGUGACUUUAAGGAAGUUACUGGGAAAUUACAAAUCGAAGUCAAUAUUUCAAUUUUUUAUAUAUAUUGCAUCAAAGUUUGAAUGAAGUUUUCAAUUUGUAUUAUCAUUUCCAAUGUGUGAAGUCUAUAUUUCCCAAUGGGAUGGACAUUAAAGGAGAAUUUAACAUUUGUUACUCCCAAUCCACCCGUCCUAACCGAAUUAAUAUUGCAGCUAUUAAUAAUACUAGAUGCAUGGGUAUUUUAUAGAGAUGGGUUUAAACGUAUCCCUUCUCUAUAUGUCUCAUCUCCAUUGGCUUUACCCAUAUGUCAGCAUCUAGACCUCUGGCAAAGAAGUAGUUACAAAACAAUUCUUGUACAAAAUAUUUUCUUUGUACUCAAAUAUAAAACCUCUUAAAGCAGUUGUUAUUUUUUUAUUUUAUUAUGCUAUAUGAUUUUAAUUGUAAGUCAUGCACCCUUUCCCUAUUGUAUCAUAAUUUCUAGUUUUACACGCUUACAUUUCUUGUCCGCAGCAAAUACAAAAGAUCGUUGUCCCUUUUGCUGUUUUUAUUUGGUUUCCUUAUUAUUAUUAUUAUUUUCUUGCUGAGUUUUCUUUACUAGAAAGCAGUCAUCUUUCAUUGGCUGAACUAUCUCAUGCCAGAUCAGCACCAGGGAUACAUGUAAAUGAUAUAUACAAACCUUUUCGCCUUCAUGCACCACUCACCCAUUCACUUCCAGAAAGAAAAAAAAAAUAGAGAAAAAAAAUCGGCAAGCCGUGCUUUGCUGGCUUUAGUGCAGUGCAUCAACUUCUGGUAAUUUCUAUUCAUAUACAUAAAUAUACAUAUAUAAAUAUAUAAAGUGCAGUUGAAACUGUUUCUGAACAGAUUUCACCAACUGUUAAGAACUUUUGUUUAAAAAAUUUAUAAGAAAAUAAAAAUUAAAAAAUCCAAAAAAAUCUGCAAUAGCUUAAAGCAUGAAAAAAUGUUUUUGUACAAAUGCAAAACCAGUUUAAAAUCACUUAGGGUUUAUGUUCUUACCAUAAUGUUUAACUUUUAUGAGGCCUAUCCAUGUGUUCAUUAAAUGUGUGUAUAUAUAAAUUUAUAUAUAUUUUUUUUUCUUUUUGUUUGGCCCUCUAUUUUUAAUCCAAUAGCAGUUUCCAAAAGUUUUUUUCCUCUUUGUGCACACCCCAUUGUUUUCAAAUGGGUGCAGGGAAGGAAAUUAGGAACCCACUUUCUUGAUAUUUAAAGAGCUAAAGUGAAAUGCCUUCAUGACUGAUAUUAAAAUAUCAAUAUAGUUAAGAGUUCAAAAUAAACAGUGUGCCGGAAAUGAUGGGGAGCUGCACUAUUGGGCUCUCUGGAGCUAAGUGUACAAAGUUAUGUGUUCUCUGACAAUUCUAUGAAUUGCCAGGUUAAGUAACUGUACCUAAACUUAAGUGAAUAUUUUUUUUUAAUGGAGUAGCAACAGUAAUGGGUUCUUGGGUUGGUAAUGAUGCAGCAGUGAAUCUUUAUAUAAAUAAGAUCUUGGGUUUCAUUUUACUGUGAAAAUGAAAUAUACAGAUUCUAGAAGUAAAAACAUACUUUUAGUAAUUUCUUACUAACUGCACUCUAUAAAGAAGGGUAACUUAUCCUCAUAGUUUCCUCUUUACCAUCACUCAAUUGCAGCAGCUUUGCUUUAAUUUUUUUCUGAUGGCCUAACUAUAUGAGACCGCUACAAAAACUGAGGCUAACUGCACAUCCCACAUGAUAUUCCUGUUGCCAUUUCUUGUUUUGUAUUAUAGUGUUACUAUGUGUUACCUCCUAGAACUAAUUGCUAAAAUCCCCUGCCAUUUUUUUUCUUUCAGAAGAAAAGCUAUUACUUCCAUUGUAGAGGAGUUCUCCAAGUGAUCUAAUAUUACUCUAGUGCUAUCUGUUGUUUUGUGCUAUUUUGAACAAUUAAAGACAUUUUUGAAGUAAA